AUGAUGAUGAUGCAAAUCGACUCUUCGUCGCCGUCCUCGUGUUCCGAUUCUCUGGACGAGCCGUCGAGUUUAUCCAUGCUUUUCGAGGUGCCUUUGAACUUUCUGCCGACGUGUCAAGUUUGUGCUCAACCGGCUCACGGAAACCAUUUCGGAGCGAUCAGUUGUCGCGCGUGUGCCGCGUUUUUUCGGUGAGCUUUCUAGGUUUAGGUCAUCUAGGUUGAACAGUUUGUUUUGCACAACCGUCGAAUGUUUCAGAAGAGCGGCGACCGGCGCGAAAACCAUCUACAAAUGCAAAAAAGACAAUAGUUGUGAGAUUUGGAGGAACGGACGGUUCUCGUGCAAAAAGUGUCGACUUGUGAGGUGUCAGGCAGUUGGAAUGGACCCGAAUAGUGAGGAAACUGAUCGAUUUUCGAGUAAUCUUCAACUAUAUCUUCUAGAAUUUCAAUUCGAUCGUGAUCCCAUAUCGACAACCGAACAAUUCACGAAUACAAAGCAGGGAAAGCGACAAAUAUUGUGGGCCAACUUGCCGGAGGUACUCCUACACACUCUCUCAACUAUUAUCCGAUUCUUUAAACCCGUUCCAGACAGUCGAACACUUUCUGUGCCGUCCCCACUUCAUACUGUUCAUGGAGCCCACUUCUUCGAUGUUCUCCGACAAAAACUUUAUCGAUUGUCAGUAUCUCAUUGAAAAAGCGUGCGAUUUGUUGGCUCAAGGCGCCGCGAAACCGAUUUUCGCGAAGAAUCACUUGGAAAAACUGGCGUUGGGCUUGAAUUUGGUGCGAGAUCAGCCGAUCACGGAGGGCGAGAUGCAGGUGAUUCGCAAGUUGGGAAAAGACGAAGCGAUGACUUUCUGGGAACGGGAUUUUUUGGCGGUCGCCAGGUGGCUCACCUACUUUGACGAUUUCCACGAACUUCCGCAUGCCCAGCAGGUACCUUAUUUGUAAAUUCUUCGAAUAUUUUGCAUAGGCUGUUUUGCAGGUCUCACUCCUCAAAGCAGUGUGGCACGUGUGGGGACGGUUGGACAAACUGGCACUGACGGCUGUGGGACGACGCAGGAAUUUGUGCAAGGAUAAGAUGGUCAUGCUGGGCUACAAUUCUCUGAUGGAUGUGAAGAAUGUCGAGCUGGACAUCUCCUGGUUCACCAAGUACAAGAAGGAGCAGUUGGGAUUGUGAGCAUAUUUUUAAUUCAAAGGACCAGGAAACCCUACUAGUUUUUGUGUCUGUCUGAUUCAUCUCAGGGCUUGCUGUUUCUUUAGUUUCUUUAAAAGUUGACCGAAAGUAGACUACAAGACACUAUAAUACUUCAGUUUUUUCGACGAACUUGAAGACUUCAUGAUGACCGAAAUGCUCAACCCCUUGAUGGAACUUGAACCGACGGACAUCGAGUUGACCUACAUGCUGUGCCAACUAUGUUUCCAUUACGCCGGAAAACGGUUUGAGGGUGAAAUGCGAGAUGUGAUGGAGAAGUUCCAAGAUACUCUCGCCAACAAUCUACACGAUUACUAUGUGAACGAACUGAGAAUGCCCAGAUAUUGUGGACGAUUGAAUCAAAUGCUCAAGAUUAACAAUAUGAUUCAGGUAAGUGUAACGCUGCGUCCAAAGUCUCGCAAAACCCGCAAAUCUCGCGGAUUUUGCAGUCCAAAGUCGGCAGAACUUUGCGGCAAAUCCGGGGUGCGCACACAGCUGAACGAGUGUUAGCGUACACCAUAAAACUACGGUAUUUUUUGAAAUUUUUUUUGAAAUUUUUGGAGAAUAUUUGCAAUUUUUCAAAUUUCUUGAGUAAAUUCUCAACGAUACUUCUUGAAAAAAUUUAAAUUUCUCGAGAAUAUUUGCAAUUUUUCAAGUUUCUUGUGUAAAUUUUCAAAAAAUACCGUAGUUUUAUGGUGUACGGUAACACUCGUUCAGCUGUGCGCACCCCGGAUUUGCCGCAAAUUUCUGCCGACUUUGGACUGCAAAAUCCUCGAGAUUUGCGGGGUUUCCGAGACUUUGGACGCGGCAUAAUGCUGCCAAAAAAAAAAAAAAAUGAAAUGCAUUUUGAACAACCGAUUUUUUCAGAGAGACAUUUGGGAGAAACGUGCGAAACACGAGAUUGCCAAAGUGUUCAACGUGUUUUGUGUGGAAUUCUCACAUCCGGAAAUGUUCCAGGAUUGUGCGUCUUAA